AUGUCACAAGCCUCAUCAACGGCGGCGCCGGCGCUGAGUCCUCGGUUCUGCUUUGACGAGCGACUAUUCAGAGACUUUCUUCGUCUUUCACGGUCUACCAUCGAUGACUCGAUUACGCAAAACCUCAAUGCUCUGAUUACACCUGCCCAGGCAGGUUUUGACCCGUCUUCAACAGCCGCGCGUCACACUGAGUCUAGGCCACGAAGAACAAUCCAGCCGGAGGCCUGUCAGAGCUUCAAGGAUAAGGUGCUGUUCCCAUCAUGGCAAACAAGAUCAGAUGCUCUCACUUACUGCGCUGGUGUGGCAACGAGUCCGGAUCCCGAAGAUCCCGACUUGAUUCUGCGGGAGACGGAAUCCGCCCGUGACCGGGAACGAGUAGUCGAUGAACGCUUGGACCCGUAUUCUGGUCGCUUCUUUCCGCGUGAGGCACGCACUGAAUCAUUGGCCAAUUUGAUUCGCAAUGAGCGCACCAUUGAAGAGAUCGUGCGGGCCCGAACGUGGGGUUUGGUGUCGGAAAAGUGCAAUGGCCCUUCUUCAUGGCAAGAAGCUCUCGAUAACUGGCGGCACACUCAUCAGAAGUAA